UCUCAAUCUCUCCUCUCUCUCCACCUAAACAUGGACUAUUUUUCUUCUUCCUGCUAUUUCUCAGCUUCAACAAGAUUUAAUGGCGAGAAUGAGGAAGGGAUGGUGAUGAGGAAGAAGAGGGUGAUGGUGGUGAUAGAUGAGAGCUCAGGAGCAAAGCAAGCCAUGAUGUGGGCUUUGACUCAUGUUGCAAAUGGUGGAGAUCUGCUAACUCUUCUCUAUGUUGUUAAGAGCUCUGACCAUUCUGCUGAUGGCCGGAGUAAAGAAGAGGAGGCGGCUUGUUUUGCCAAGUCCCUUGCUUCUUUCUGCAAGGCUUGCAAGCCUGAGGUUCAAACCGAAGCACUUGCGAUCAAAGGGCCCAAAUUAGACACCGUGCUCAGCCAAGUAAAGAAACUAGAGGCAUCAGUUCUAGUGCUGAGCCAGAGCAAGCCAUCCGCGUUCUCUUGUCUCUUUAAGAGAAGCAGUGAGGAGUUUGUGGAGCAGUGCAUUGACAGGGCAGAGUGCUUGACGAUGUCAGUGAGAAAACAGAGCAGGGGAGUUGGUGGGUAUCUUGUUAGCACUAGAUGGCAGAAGAAUUUCUGGCUGCUUGCUUAAGUUAAAAACUGAACAUAAUGGAAUCCAUGACCUUAGUACUAAUGUAAAUCUAAUCACAGAGCACCAUGCUUGUUAAGAGUUUAGAAUGCAUGUGAUGUUGUUGAUCAGGGCUCAAGCUGCACUUCUUAUGUUUAGAUCAAUUGAAUGUGAAUAAUGCGGUGCAACAUCAUCUUAUGACUAGAAAUUUCACGAUAUUCACGACGAAAGCGCGCUACGUGCACAAUUAUAUGUCGAAGUGUGUGUCCAUCAGCACCUGAUUCACAACAGUGAAGAUCAUGGGUGUGCGUAGAUCUCCCCUCUUAUGAAAUAUUUGAAUUUCGUUUCAUUAGGAGGAAAAUAAUGAAAUAUAAAGUACUGCAUUAGUCUUACCCA